AUCACGAAACAACCUAAAGCAGAAUUGCAAAUUGUUCAAAUCACCGAUCGAAAUGGCUGCCGUUCAAAAGCAGACAUUGCCUUCGUUUUCUUCCAUCAUUUCUGUUUUGUCUAUUGUGUUUUACUGCGUUGGAUUUAUAAGAGUGGAAUUGGAGAUGAACGAGCAGAAGAACAGAAUAAACGCUCUUGAAAACGUUGCAGAGGCCAAGCCGAAGUCAAACGACGCAGACAUGAAAAUCAAGAAUGCUCCUGAAAUUCAAAUCCUCCAUAGAGACAGACGUCAAGUUUCAUCAAGUAAGAACACCACAGAAGCGAAAGACACUGCAGAAACCACCAUCAAAAUCAACGAGCGUCUUUUAUCAGAAUGGAGAGCACAUCUGUGUCAAUCAAAGAGUGUCACGUGCUCAUCAUGUCCCCCAGGCCCUCCCGGUCCCCCUGGAACAAAAGGAGCCCGGGGACGAAGAGGACAGAAAGGAAGAAAUGGAAAAAAAGGAGAUCAAGGCAUUAUCGGACCUGAAGGAUUAAAGGGAGAGCCUGGAACCAAAGGCGACAAAGGAGAAAUAGGGUCUGCAGGCAUGCCGGGAAUGAAAGGCGAGCCCGGCGAAUCGGUUUCAUCUCCUACUGUUGCUGUUUUUCCUGUGACGUUGACAGUGAACGAAGGUGGAACAGCCUCGUUUCAGUGUACAGCCAGCGGUAAUCCUGCGCCUGCACUAGCGUGGAGUAAACUGAAAAGUCAGUCAGAAGUCAGUCAAUCAGCGGUUUCAGGAGGAAAGUUGCAGUUAAAGCACGUAACCGGAAGUGAGGCAGGCUUGUAUCAGUGUUCAGCUACAAACAUCCUCGGGAAUUCACAGAAAGUGGUGCGAUUGACAGUAAAUGUGCAUCCUCGUGUUACUCUACAUCCCGGACCUUAUCACGUCAUUGAAGGAAGUAACGUCACUUUACCCACCUGUCACGUGGCCGGUUACCCGGCUCCUGUGGUCACCUGGAGGAAGUUAUCUGGUCAGUUGCCCCAGGGCAGGGUGCAGUAUAACAACACCGCUUUACAAAUCUCAGAUGCCCGUAAAGUUGAUUCUGACGCCUACUUCUGCUCAGCAGUCAACUUUUUAGGAAAUGUUGAAAGGAAAACUCUACUAGUUGUGGUUUCCCCUCCUGUGUUCACCGUUAAACCGCCUGGAAAGGUCUCUGCUGCAAAUGGCACCACUGUAACUUUGAACUGCAGCGCCAUCGGUGAUCCACGACCAGUAAUUAGCUGGAAAAGACAGGGAGCAGCACUUCCCGUGGGGAGGAGUCACAGGGCAAACGAUGCCCUUGUCUUGAGAGAUUUAAAAAAAGAGGAUUCAGGGAACUACAUUUGUGUGGCUACAAGCGCAGGAGUGUUUGAUAUCGAGGCCAUAUAUUAUGUUGAAGUUCUUCUAGCAAGAGGUAAAGAUUGUUCAGAUCUGUUAAAAUCAGGCUAUACUCAGAGUGGAGUGUACUCUAUCAACCCAGACGGUACAGGACACUUCAGUGUCUACUGUGACAUGCGCACUGACGGUGGAGGCUGGACCGUGUUUCAACGAAGACAGGAUGGCUCGGUAGACUUCUAUCGGGGAUGGGGCGGCUACAAAGCAGGCUUUGGUCAGCUGACUGCUGAGUUCUGGUUAGGAAACGACAAGAUCCACAGGCUGACGGCCACUAGACCCAGUUCUCUACGAGUGGAGCUAGAGGACUGGAACGGAGGUAAAGCGUAUGCCAAAUAUGGCAAGUUCAAGAUUGGUGAUGAGCAGGCGCAGUAUCGACUUGAUGUGGGUUCAUAUUCAGGGACAGCGGGAGAUUCGUUAGCAUGGCAUAAUAAAAUGGCGUUUAGUACAAAAGAUAGAGAUAAUGACAGAGGUAGCAGGAACUGUGCUAUGCAGCGUACAGGCGCCUGGUGGUACAACAAUUGCCACAUGUCCAAUCUAAACGGAAAAUACCUGGGCGAUAAAAAUGAUAAGAAAGGUGUCGCAUGGUGGGACUUUAGAAGAAAAUAUGUCUCACUCAAAUACACUGAGAUGAAACUGAGGUAAUAUCAAUUGCACCUAAGUUUUUAGAAUCAAUUUUGGUCUGAAAUUGUAACUUAAUCCAAGGUAAACUCUUUCGGCUCUUUUACCCCAAAUCCCUCGGACCCUUCCUACACCCAACACUCACACGAUUUUGAUCAUUCUGGCUACAAGACUAAAGGAAAUGAAAUUGCAAUGAACAGUCGGCACAGCCAAGUAACCACUGGGAAUUUUCUGAUCUUUCCCUUUCGCAGAACAUAGACUUCCGGUAUUAGAACUCGUUUACCAACUAUACAUUGUUUAAUACUAGCUGGCUACAGGGAACCUAAUGAUUGGGGUCACCUAAAGCUAUAAUGUAUUCACAUAUAUGGAAUGAUAAUUUUCCCAGGGAACCAGCGAUGAAGACUAAAUUCUUGGUCAGAAAUAAUUUUGCUUUGUCUUUUGUCGUUUCUUUUUCUCGUUUUCAAGCCCGUGAAUCGUUUGUAUCUACGGUAUUUCUUUGUCAAGACAGGACCUAGCGGUGAAGCUAAACUGGAGUGACACGUCACGUCACAAGUGUCUGUAAGUAAGUUUAGAUUAUGCACUAUGGAACAUUUCAAACUAAAAGGCUUCCAAAAGCCUAUAAAAAAAAUUCUUGGAGAAGAUCACGAAAAUGGACCAAAGACAGCAAUAAAUUGCGUUACUGUCUCGCAAAAAAAUCAACCAAGGAAAACCAGUGGAGAUUCAAGUCGGUUUUCUUUUCUUCGAUUCUUUUAAUAAAUUCGUGAGAAAAAUAAAAUCUAGUUAACAUCUUUAUGUCUAAAGGUAAACAAUACACCAUGUGGAAGAAUAUUAUGAAUAAUCUUGUAUUGAAAUAUGCUUAAUUUUGUUUCUUUAGUUGUUUUAAAUGGAAGCAUAUGAAUUGCACUAGGCUUGGAACUCUCUACUCCUUGUCUACAAAGUCUAUUGUUAGCUAGCGGUUCUACAUAUUUCCUUUGAAUAAUUAUAUUGCGAGCCUUUUUACUAGUAGUUGUGCUAAUUACUAUGGUUGUAUUUUGUUCCAUAUCUUGAUUGUCCAUGAUAAAUCCCGGUCUCAAAGCGCAAUUCCAUCUGUAAGGUAUAGCUGAUAUUAAACCAUAUAAGUAAGUAAGUAAGAACUUAAUAUAACUUAGUAAAAGGAGCCUUGAGACCAGUUUUCAAAAGAAAUUUAUCAAGUGUAAGAAAUCUGUUGUUUUCAUCUA